AUGGGCCGAACGGGUGCAGCCGCCUCUGCUUUGAGCCGAAGGGGUGCGACCGCCACCAUGGAUCCGGCCGCCAGCGCCAUGUCGCGGACGCCGCCGCAACCUGCGCCGAACUCGGCCAUGGAUGUUGUCGCCACCGGUGCGAACUGCCGCCACCCGCAGACAAUCGGACACCACGACGCCGCGGCGUCCAUUGCCGUAGAGAGUGAAUCAGAGGCCAGCUCGCGCACCUGCUCUAGCCGCAGCGACGACGUCGUGCCGAACGAGACGUACAGCACCGACGACGACGGCUGCGUGUCGAGCCAGUCCAGGCACUCGUGCCGCGCGCGAGCUCCCGCUGCCAGUCCCACUGCUCGCGCCGGUGCCGGGGAGGAGCACCGGGCUGAGAGGCCCGACGGCGAACAGCCUGCGGCCGUCGGAAGACGGGAUCCCCUGGAGCGUGUCGAGGAAGUCGCCCUUGAGCACGCGACAGGUGUUGACGACCAUGCCGGCAGUGGGCAUGCGCCGGCGCUCCUGCCCCAUCCGCCUGGCGAGCACGACGAACUCCAGGGUGGCGCAGGCAUCAGGCGGGUGGAACACGAGGCCGUGGCGGCGCAGCAGGGCGUGCUCCCGGUCCGCCCACCCGACGUUGUAGGAGGCGGCGAGGCAGUGCACGCCGAGGAUGUUGUCGUGGAGGACAACGACGCGGCGGUGGGUCGCGGCGAGCUCCGCCAGCAGUGCGGCCAGCGGGGCCCGCGCGCCGGCGCUGUAGGCCUCGAAGAGCGGCUGCACGUGCACCGGGAAAGGGGAGCGCAGGUCCGGGGCGGGGGACUCGUGCGCGGGCACAUCCAGCGCGGCCUCCUAGAGGUGUGGCUCCGGCGCCGUGAAGUGGACGGGGAGCCCCCGCGCGGCGAGGAGCAGGGACAGGUGUAG